AGGACGAGCCUUUCCUCCCGGGGUGGUGGGCUAUGUUUGGCAGUCCCUAGCAAGCAGUGUCCGUAUUCCUUGAGGUUCUUCCCCAUCCCGACCCCAUGCAUGUUUUUUUUGGAAGCAUAUCCCAUUGACUGCAAUGGGCUUUGCAGCCAAGUAAAAGUCAGCUUCGGACCGCAGUUUCUUCUCUCACUCGCUGACCUUCCAGAUCCCGCAAGGAUCCGAAAGUGCUUUGUGCGUAUGUGCUUGCACAGCGUGAAAAUGGGAUCUUGCUUUGCAUGGCUGUGACCUCAGCGGCACACUGUGCUAUCGAGUAUUGGCAGGCAGCUUCCUGCUUCUCUGAUUUGCCUCCCUCUUUUCUAUGAUGAACAGGAUCCAGCUGAAGCGAUCGGGGAUCCUCAAGAUGGCCCUCAGCAGUUCAUCAGACCCCCUGCUCCAGCAGGAAGAGGGGGAGGUUGGAAGCAAGCAACCCUCCUUCCUGCUUAGGGCCGUGCGGAUCGCCGUGGUGGUCUCUCUGUACUGGUUCAUCUCCAUCACCAUGGUCUUCCUCAACAAGUACCUGUUGGGCAGCCCCUCACUGCGCCUCGAUGCCCCACUUUUUGUCACAUUCUACCAGUGCUUUGUCACUGUCCUCAUCUGUAAGGUGCUGAGCCUUCUGGCCUCCUGCUGCCCAUCAAACUACCUGGACUUCCCCUCCAUCCGCAUGGACCUCAAGGUGUCCCGCAGCGUCUUGCCCCUCUCAGUGGUCUUCAUUGGCAUGAUUACCUUCAACAACCUGUGUCUCAAAUAUGUUGGUGUGGCUUUCUAUAAUGUAGGUCGCUCCCUCACCACUGUCUUCAAUGUGCUGCUUUCUUACCUGCUGCUGAAGCAAACCACUUCCCUCUAUGCCCUUUUGGCCUGUGGGGUGAUCAUAGGUGGCUUCUGGCUUGGUAUAGAUCAAGAGGGAGCAGAAGGUACUUUGUCAUGGGCCGGCAUAAUCUUUGGAAUCCUGGCCAGUCUCUGUGUCUCACUGAAUGCUAUUUACACUAAAAAGGUUCUGCCUGCUGUGGAUGGCAGUAUCUGGCGUCUGACUUUCUAUAACAACAUCAAUGCCUGCGUCUUGUUCUUGCCAUUCAUGUUGCUCUCUGGUGAAUUUCAGACUCUAUACCACUUUGACAAGCUGGGAAGCCUCUAUUUCUGGGGCAUGAUGACCCUGAGUGGCCUGUUUGGAUUUGCCAUUGGUUAUGUGACAGGGCUCCAGAUAAAAUUUACUAGCCCUCUAACACAUAAUGUCUCUGGGACAGCCAAGGCAUGUGCCCAGACAGUACUAGCUGUCUGCUACUAUGAAGAAACCAAGAGCUUUUUAUGGUGGACUAGCAACAUGAUGGUUCUAGGUGGCUCCUUUGCCUACACAUGGGUGAAAGGGCUGGAAAUGAAGAAGGUCCAGCAAGAACCUGUUCCAAAAGCAAAUGAGAAAAAUGAGACUGGUGUUUAAAUUAACUUGCACUUCACUAUGUGCAUGUCUCAUCUCCCAGUGUGCAUGGAACUAAACCUCAUUGGAAAGAGACUGGAAGAAAUCCUGUGACCUCAAAGCAGUGGAAGCAGAGCCAAAGUCUUCCACACUUAAAGAGAGUUUGCUGCAGUAAUUAUGGUUAAAGGGGAAAGGGUGUGGUAUAUAGAAGGUGAGUUGGUGGUGGGAUGGCUAGCUCCAGUAAAGAUCUCUGUUUACCGAUGCACUUUUUAAAAUGGCUGUCAUCCCCUGUACGUCCUACCUAUGUGUAAUUGGUUUUUUCCUGUAAUAGAGAAAGGUGUAUUCUGUUCAAAGACCAAUGAACGUUAGAUAGGUUGUGGCUUUAAUCCAAUUUGGAGUAUGCUCUCUGUGUAGGUGCAUCUGUUUAGUACUUGGCAUCUUGCAAAAUGUACCGAGCAAUUCAGUGUAUUUAUCCUUAGAGCCAGUCUCUUGGCCAGUUAGAGACAUCCAAGUUUGGUUGUUGACUCCUCCAGCCCUUGUGGGGCAUAUUUAUAGUAAGAAACAUAAGGCCUUGUGUCAGUGAAUAGAAAUAGUCUAGAAGCACUCUCAUGCUUGAGUGUGCUUCUAGAGUGUAUGAGUUAAAUGAAUGCUGAAAAGCAUUUCAGUCAGUGGCAUUCUUUCCAGCAAGUUUAUUUGCAGGGGGAAAUCUUUCCACUUGGUUGCCUCACUCUAAUAGUUUUAAACAGAAAUGAAAGUCAGUAUAAGAAGAAACAGGCUUUGGAAUUUCCUCAAAGCUGGUUUCUUCAAACUCAUGGGCAAAUUCUAGCUCUAGCUGAAUAAUAUUGUGAUACGACCUUCUCACAACUCCAAGAUGAAGUGAUGAAGUUGGAGAUAUCAGUUGCUUAGAUGAUGAAUGUAGUAAUAUACAUUUAAGGAAGCUAAAAUGCCCCUUGUUCUCAGAGCAAAUGGUUUCUAGAUGGUUGGUUUUCACUGUCUCCUUUGCUGAGUGAACUGCUGUGGGUUCCAAGAGCCCAAAUCUGAUUGGGCCCCCUGCUUGCCACCUGGCUAUCUAUUUCAUCAGAGGGAGUAGAUUUUCUCUAACCCACCCCACCUCUGUCCUAAUUUUUUUUAACUGGGAAAUUAAUUUUGGCUUACAUUGCUGAUCUGUCACUAUUAAACUUUAAUGUAAAGUAU